AUGGAAACCGCUAAUCUAGGCAUUAUCAUCGUUGGUUCUGGACUUGCUGGCUUGGCAGCCGCACGGGUUCUCCGUGAACAGCAUCAUGUCACUGUGUUUGAACGAGGUGACCGCGCAGUGGCGACUGGAGGUCAAGGCAUAUGUAUCUUUCCAAACGGAGUCAAGGUCUUGGAAGCUCAUGGAUAUGACCGCACUAGAACUAAGGCUGUGGUGCAGACUGGUCACCGAGCAUACGAUAAGCACGGCAAUUUGAAGCACGACGACGAGACGGACUUUAUGGAACAAUACGGAGCAGACGCAUUGCAACACCUGCGGAGUGAUCUACGCAACGAACUAUACAGACUCGCAACGGCACCUUCAAAAGACUUGAAUAUUCGAGGGGAGCCAGCAACGUUGAACUUCAAUUCUGCAGUCACGGAUAUGGACCCUGACCUGGGCAAGGUCACACUCAGUGAUGGAUCAUCAGCCGAAGCCGAUGUCAUUAUUGUUGCUGACGGUGUCCACUCACGCUUACGCUCCUGCAUCGUUGGCCCCGAAUACUUUGCGAAGAAAAUGGGGCUUUCGUGCUUUCGCAUCGCUGUAUCGGCUCAGGAUGCUGAAGCGGCCCUCGGAAAAAUACCUGAAUGGUGGGACCGUUCUACUGGCAAAGGGCGUGGGGUGGUCUUCGAAUCUGGAGAUGCCUCCAACCGCUUCAUCGUUGCCUACCCGCUUCGCAAUUUUGAAUACAUGAACCUUUCGUGUAUCUUCCCAACCAAUCCUGAACGACUCAAGAGCAGCACUGCUUCCACUUGGAUGUUGAAGAAGUUCACUAGGGCAAGAGCGGGCGCUGAUUCGAUCAAAAGCAUUGCAACAGAGGUGAAGAUGUGGGAUCUCCAAGACCUCGACCCGCUUCCGACAUGGACGAGAGGAAAGGCCUUGUUAAUUGGAGAUGCUGCCCAUGCAAUGACGCCACUUCAGGGUCAGGGAGCUAACAUGUCUAUGGAAGACGCUGGGAGCCUGCGCCUGCUCCUUGGUCCGAACAUCUCUCGAGAGAAUGUGCCCUCUGUUCUCAAGCAGAUUGAAGCCACAAGGAGACCAAGAGCGACACAGGUCCUAUUAGAGACGAGAGCUCUUGCUGAUAAUUUUAGUUUGGAUGCAAUAGCUUCAAACAGGGAGUAUAACUUCGGCUUAGGGCAGGCAGGUCGAUAG